GGCGGAUCUAUUCUUAUCAUCAAGAGGCCGAGUCGGCAUUGCGUAGUGUUUUGUAUGGUAGUUGGAACGACGAUCGAAAUUGUCCUAAAUUUAAUAUCACAUGUCUAAAAUACGAAUUAAGUAAAAUUCAAGAUAUUGUGAACUUUUUCAACUUACCUAUAAGUUAAGAAGGAAGAUUUUAAGUCGUUUUGUAGAAGAGAAAUUUUUACUUCGCGCAAGCGUGGCAGCUUCUCGCUCGAUGCGAAUCUUAACUCUGUACAGGAUAGCAUCGACGAAUAAGACACGCCCAUCGGAUUCCGAGAAACAUCCAAUGGGACGUCGUUCUUGUUCUUCGUCAGCGUAUGGGCGUAGUCCCGUUGUGUAAAGUGCCUGCAGACAAAAGUUAAAGGCCUGAGGGGUCAGUAUGCUCCGUACCACUACUUGGAGUCGGCACUGUCAGAUAGGGCUAAGCUACUUGACACUUGUCACUGUGGAAAUUGGCUCCCUUUGUUAGCUUAGUUGGCCAGACUUUUCUUGUCAGCAGUUUUAUCGUAAAACGGAAGAAGGGAGAAGAACAGUGUCGAGUCGAAUCGGACAAAAGUUUUGUCGACUUUCAUGAUUCGUAUUCCGAACGAUCUGACAUUUUUAUCGAGAAAGCUGCGAGAAUUAACAAUACCGGAAGUGUGGCAUGAAGUUCAAUAUCUAGUUUAACAAUCGAAUCGGUAAGAUUAAGUGCAUUUUUUUCGAAUCAUUUCGUCUACUAAUGGUUUCCGUCAUGAACCUCUUGCAUGGUGACUGCCCUACAACAUUGAGUCAUUCUCAAUUGACUCAACCUAGCACUAGUACAAACAGUGGACAGGGGGUGGCUCAACGAUCACCUUUUGCCAUCCAGGAAUUGCUCGGACUUAGUAACCAUAGCGAUAGCCCACCGGCUGCAGCGGUACCUUCUCAUAGGCCCACAACUGUUACUUCGACGGUCGGAAUGGCCGUCGGUCUGGCGGGUCCUCCGACAGGUGCUGCACCACAACCUUGCACACCUUAUCAACCUAGACCCAUCGUAACUCAACCGACGGCUAGCCAAUGUUUUCCCGAUCCCGGUCGUAUGUAUUUUGGAACGGCAGCGGCUGCUUUCAUGCCUAACAUGUCCGUCCCAGCAGCCAUGUCGAGUGUCACAGGUAUGACAGGUAUCACACCGUCCAUGUCGACCAUGCCCAUGUUAGGGUUCGAACAACCGACGUCGGCUCCAAGACAAGAUGCGACAGACUCUUUCUGGCACUACGAACAGCGGUUCCCUGUAAACGGGUUGUCACAUUGUCUAUCUUCGCAAUCCACUGGACUCGUCACAGAUUAUAGCAGCAAAAAUAAUCUAUCCGACGACGUCGGUUCUCUGAAUAAAAAAAAGAAAAAGAAAAGAAGGCACAGAACGAUUUUUACAAGUUACCAACUGGAAGAAUUGGAGAAGGCGUUUAAAGAAGCUCAUUAUCCAGAUGUAUAUGCUCGAGAAAUGUUAUCGUUAAAGACGGAUUUACCAGAGGAUAGAAUCCAGGUUUGGUUCCAAAACAGACGUGCUAAAUGGAGAAAGACGGAGAAAUGCUGGGGCAAGAGCACCAUAAUGGCCGAAUAUGGUUUGUAUGGUGCUAUGGUGCGGCAUUCGCUUCCUCUACCGGAUAGUAUCCUGAAGAGUGCCAAGGAAGGUGACAUGAGUUCGUGUGCACCCUGGUUGCUGGGUACGUCCUCUGUUAAUGGGAUGCAUAGGAAAUCUCUGGAAGCUGCAGAGAAACUGAAGGAUGUGAGCGAUUCCGAAGAUCAACAACACUCUAUGGACGAGGGAACACGAAAGGUUGAACAGCCUAAAACAUCUGGAGAGGAACAACAAACAACACAGGUAUCUAACAAAGAAGAACUUAGAUCGAACAGUAUAGCAUCUUUACGUGCUAAAGCUCUGGAACAUAGUGCCAGAGUGUUUAGCGAAGUGGGUAGGUGUGGUCCCGAAGCCGAAGUUAAUGUUCAAGGAAGGAAAAAGGAAGACGGUGUGCCAGAUAGAAGGCCAUCACUUCAUUCGAUUGUUUCCUUGUUCUAAAAAAAAAAAAGAUAAAUAAUUUUGUAUAUAACAUAAUUUGAUUGUAGACGUGUUUCGAGUGAUGUAUUUCGCGAAAUGUUCUGAUUUAGAUUGAUCGGAUGAUGGAUUUAUUUAGUAAUUAGCAUCUAAAACUUUAGAUAUAACUGAGCGUGUGUGUGUGUGUGAAUUUUUUUUUUUUGGAUAGCAAUCGAAUUGCCCUAAAAACUUUAACGAUUUUUUUACCAUUUUUUUUCUUUUUUUCCUCUCUCUCUCUGGUGCACCACACCUCUAUGGACAAUCUAAGUCACAUCAUCGUUGAUUGUAAGUCUAUGCGAAUAGCAACUUGAAGCAGUUCAUUCAUCAGCAACGAUUUUGACAUGCAACACCAAGAGCUUGAAGUAAUAAAUAGGUCUUCUCUAUGAUAUCUAAUGAAGAAUGAACAAUUCAUUUUACAUAAUCCAUAAUGAUAAUUGUACAUUGUAUAAGAUAGUAAAUAUGCAACUUUUCUUUAAUUUUUUUUAUUCUUUCUUUUUAAUUUCUGUAU